GAGAAAUUAAAAAGACUACUGCAAAAGAUAAAGAAAUAUCAAAUGGGUUCUUUAAUGUCAGGAUGGGACUCUCCAACAAAGGAUCCCAACUCAGUGAGAAGGUGCAAGUCGCUAACAAGAGAAGAAAUCGACGCUUUCUGGAAGACAAAGAAGAAGACUGAAGAAGAACAUGUUCAAGCAGUUUCCAAGUUGGUAGCUCAGGAAGUUGCGGAAAACCAAGGUCAAGAGGAGAAGAGUGUAGAAGAUGCUUAUGAAAACCAAAGCAGGAAGAGUGGAUGGUGGAGAAGAAGCAACUGGGCGUUUUUGAAUGAGCCGAGGGAGGAAGAGGGUCGACCCAACAAUUACGUUCCGCAGUUCCAAGUGGCUCACAUCGCCAAAAUCGCGGGCUAGUAAUGAUCGCUAUAGUCACCGGCUAAUCACAUGUCAUCAGGGUGAAUUAUGAUUUUAGUUAUUAGUGGUCGUUUUGGUACCGGGUGUAUACAUGUUAUAUAUGAUAUGAUGGUUGCGUUAAUAUGUGAGAAUGUGUGUUUUAUCUGAGAAAUGACAUGUGCAUGUAUAUUUUCUUGUUUUUGUUGUGAGGGAGUGUAUACUGUAUGUUUUUGAUAAGCGUUACUCAUCACUAUGGUUUGGUUAGUAAUGGGACUCUCUUUUUAUGUUAUCGACUUCCCCACUGUUAAUAUCCAUUUCAG